GUUUCGUUUUAAAAUAAUAGAAACGCUGACUGCAGUGGGCUAAGCAGAAUACGACAACAGCAUAUGCUGAUGGAGGCUGACCAUGGAUGAGGAGGUUGACCCUGACGAAGAUAAUGUGAACUCCGUCUUAGCUCAGGAAUCCUCUGAACUGUUCCACAUCCUAAAAAGUCAGUCACCUGAAGUUAUAAUGCAGUUGUGCCAAAUGAUGCCCAAUGAAGCUGGGUGGAGCAUCAACCAUGCAGACCCUUCCGCACAACAUAUCAAAUCUAUGUUGGAACACUUCAGGUUGGCCAAUGCGGCAGAAUGUCGCAACUUCCUUCAGAGCAUGUGCCUGUUGUGUGAAAAUAUUCCCAUGCACCUGGAGUCUAGGCUCAUGUCAGUGGCUGGAUAUGCAAAUACUGAUGUCACACAGUGUCCAUCCACAGAGCCAGCGUCUCAGAGUAACACAGUUGCCCAGGAGUAUUCUAAGUCCAGUGAAAAUAAUGAGAAGCCAUCUUCGCCUUCUUCAUUGCAGCAGCUCAUCAAACGCCCACGGAUUGAUCACUGGGAGCAGUACAUCAUUUCAGUGAGGAGUUUAUUGCUGAGGAAGUGGGAGCGACAGCGCCAGCUCCUGGUGCAGGAUGUUCAACUUGAGAAUGUGUGGGUAAGCCCGAGAAUAUCAAACCGAGGCAGAGACAGACCUGAUCAAACCCCUGAAUCCACAGACAGAGGGAGCAGAACACCAGAGCCUGAUGUGGAUUUUGGGUCUUUGGAGGCCAGAGUGACUUUGGAGACCUUCCUUCAAGGAUGUGUAGGAAAGGUGACAGUUCUCCUCGGCCAGGCUGGAUCAGGAAAAACUCUGCUGAUGUCUUGUUUAGGACAGCAGUGGGCACAUGGAUUAGGCCCCAUCCCUUCAUCCUCCCUCUUUGUCCUGCUAGAGUUCCGUCAGCUAGCCCUACUGUCCCACCCUCUCUCCCUGUUCGAUCUGCUCUUCCAUCACUACCUCUUUCCAAGAGAAGACGAUAAUGAAAAGCAAGCAAUUGUGGACUACAUCCUCUCCAAUCCGGAGCAAAGCUGUUGGGUGCUGGAUGGUUACGAUGAGUUUCACAUCAAACUCAACAAACCAGAAGUGCAGAGAGAGCCGUGGGACCCAACAAAACCUCACCUUGUUAGUGACCUCAUCUCAGGGCUGUUAAAUCGUCAACUUCUUCCAGGGUGCACCGUGGUGGUCACCUGCCGUGUACGGGAUGUCCUGGAUUUGGAAGGCGUAUCAGAUAAAGUGGGUCAGCUGUUGGGGUGGGACCACCAAGAGGUCGAGAAGUAUGUGCACAACUUCUUUGACGUAAAAGCCAACCCAGGUCUUGCGGCGCAGGCAGCAGAUCUUCUACUCUCAAAUCAACACCUCAUUGCAAUGUCAUCUGUCCCAGCCCACUGCAACAUCUGUUGCAUCUGUCUGGAGCACUUACUGCUGGAAGAGAGAGUCCCAGGAGAGACACAAAUGCCAGAAGAAAGUGGAAGCGAGACAUGGACAGCUAAAGGCAAUGAAUUAAAAGGAGGACAGAUUUCAGGAGGAGGAAAAGGAGCAGAGGGCAGUCGAGGAAGGAGUCAUGAAGAAAUGCAAGAUCACAAAGGAAGAAGAAAAAGUGUUGACAAUAGGAUGGAUGGGAUUAAUGGUAGAGCUCAGCUGCCUCUCACACAAGCCCAGAUGCCUUCCACCCUUACACAGGUCUACCUCACUGUUUUUAGUGCUUUUCUGCGCCGUGACCCUGACAAAGAAGGAAAAAAAGACAAGCUGGAGAACACAAGACCUUACCAAAGUGUUGCUUGCACACUGAGUCAGUAUCAAUCAGAGUUGUGUGAGCUGAGUCAUCUGGCUUGGAAAGGCUAUAAGGACAACAGGAUCCUGUUCAUGGAAGAAGAGAUUUCCCGACCGGUUUUGGAGUUGUCUAUCAGGGUGGGGCUCUUUUCACAGAUGGAGGUCAGGCGUGAGGAUGGCAUGCUUGUCAACUCCUACUUCUUCAUUCAUCUGACAUUACAGGAGUUUUUAGGGGCAGUCAGAGUCAUGACAAGUCUGGAUGUUAGUGACACGCAGCUCAAGAAGAGAUUCAGCCUCAGAACUCGCUGGACAACCAAGUCAGACCAGAGGACAGUCUUCACUGACUCCCUACACCUGUUUGUGUGCGGCCUGUCUUCCCCACAAUGCACUCAGGCCUUAGUUCAAUUAGCCAGGAAGGCUAGUGGCACAGGAGCCCAAAAUUGGGUCAAAAAACGACAAGCUCUUGUUCUAAAUCUGCUGAAAAACCUGUGUCACAGAGACACGCUGACAGGGCCAAAGGUUUUGGAACUUUGCCAUUGUGUCCAGGAGAGCCAGGACCAACAACUGGCUAAGCAGGUUGUGGGUACAAGACCCACCCUGGAGCUGCGUAGAAUCCAACUCUUACCUAUUGAUAUUGAUGCUCUGGCUUUUGUAGUUAACUCAGUAGGUGAUAUUGGAGUUGGAUUAGACUUUGGAGCAUGCUCAAUGGAAUUGGAGUGUUUGGACGCCCUUACCAGGUGUCAGUACAUUCACUACCUCUGUUUUCGCAGCCGCAAGUAUGGUGACAAGUUUGCUGAGAAGUUAUCCACCAUUUUGUCGAAAUUCCCAACCUUGAGAAAACUAGAGUUCUGUGGGGCCAGUUUGACUGCCACAGGAGCAGCUGUUUUGGCCCCAGCUCUACAGGACUGUCCAAACCUCACUGAACUCAAUCUGAGUGACAACAAUCUGAAAGAUGAAGGGAUUGAACUCAUUGCUGACGUUUUUGCCAAUCUACCAGGACUGGUCUCAAUAAUGCUGGGUCGAAACAACAUCUCCCUUGAGGGAGUGAACUGUCUCAUCAGGAAGACGUCAUCGUGUUUGAACAUCCAGCACAUUCAUGCAGACGGAUUGAAAGACUUGACAGUUACUUUCUCUCCAACCUCUGAUCUGCAGAGUAGCCACCACAAUAAUUCAGAACCAACAAUCAGCCUGUUGAACCAGAAAUGGAGCAAACGAAAAAUGCAAGAACUUGCAAAGUCGCUGGCAUGUUGCCCUGCCUUCUGCAUCCUGGAUCUAUCUGGAGUCCAAUGGGAUGUUCAAACUCUGAAGACACUCACUCAGUUAUUGCCAAAGUUUAAAGUCACCAAAAAGAUCAUUUUGAAUGAGAGCUGCUCCUCAGUGAAGGAUUUGGUGAUUCUGACUGCUCUGCUGUCUGAUUGUCCUGCUGUGAGGGAGCUUUACGUGAGACUACAAAGUCCUGUCGAGGUGUCAGUGGGGUUCAGUGGAGGAAGAGAACAGCCUGGGAUUAAGAUGUCUAAAAAACUUUGUCUGAGCUGCUGUGCACUGCUGCCUGCUGAUCUGGAGAGAAUAUGGCAGAGUUUCGGAAGAUCCUCUGAUGUCACAUUUAUUGACCUUUCCAGUAACUGCUUGGAUAACAAAGGACUGAAGAAGCUGCUGGACUUCCUGCCUCGUCUUAGAAGUAUCCUGGAAAUCAAUGCCAGUAACAAUGGGAUCAGCAUGGGGGGAGUGGUGAUGCUGGCUGGUGCUUUGUGCUCCCACAGCAACCUAACACAGGUUCUCAUCAGUGAUGGAGGCAGAGAGCGACUGAUCUUGAAGUUCUGCCGUGACAGAAGGGCUGAAAAACAAAAACUAAAGAUUUUCAGGCUUAACAACAGCAGCCUCCUGCCGACAGAUAUGACUAAAAUCUGUGAACGAUUGGGCCAGUGUCACUCGCAUCUGGAGUUAGAUUUUUCUCACAGCUCACUGACAGAUGAGGCGAUUCAGAACCUGCUCAAGGUCCUGCCGAAGAUGAAAUCUCUACAAAGACUCAACGUCAGCCACAGCAUCUCAUCUACGUCUGGAGCAGUGACGCUGCUCAGUUGUUUGACGGUCAGUCAGCGAGUGAAGUCUGUGGAACUCAGGCAUCAAUUUGAAUCCUUCGUACAUUUUGACAGUGUGAAAGCAGAACAAGCCAGGUGCAGGUUCACUGGGUUCAGCCUGAAUGCUGAUAACUAUGAGAGACUGCUCAGUGUCUUACAACAUGGCCCCCAGCUGUCUGCCCUGGAUUUAUCAGGUAACCAACUGGAAGACGAGGGACUGAAGCGUUUUUUGGAGACUCUACCGAGGCUAAAAGUCAUCAGCUAUGUCAAUAUGAGCAAGAACAGCCUGACGCAGCACGGCCUGCUGGAUGUGGUCAGCACUCUGUGCGACUGUGCAAACGUGUCCGGUGUAGAGGUCAGUUUGGGAGCAGAGCAGAGGUGUCUCGUCUGGUUCACUCAACAGGAAGGUGGUGAAAAAACUCUCAGUGUCAGAGAGGGAAAUUUGGAGCAGGACCAUUUGGUCAGAAUAGGAGAGAUCUUGUCCACUUGUCCCAGUCUGUCUAAACUAAAGUUCCAGAACAAUGAUCUGGAGUCUGACUGGAUCGAAGGCUUGGUGAAAACGUUGAACAGCAGUCAGAGAGGACUCAGUGUCAGUGUUGAGGAGCGUUGGAUCAGAUCAGACGAGGUUGUUAGUUUGCUGUGUCAAUGUCUGGAAGCCCGCAGCGAUGUUCACACUAUUGGGGUCCAUCACAACACAAUGCACCUGACUUUGAAGAAGGACACUGAACUGACUUCAGUCAGCCUUGUGGACUGUGCAGUCAAGGGUUACCAGCUUGCACCUAUGACAAGCAUUAUACAGAGGUACCCUUCACUGAGGGAGAUGGACUUUUCCCACAACCACAUGGACAUAGAGGGAGCAGAGUUUCUUGCUUCUGUCCUGCCUUCACUGCCAAACCUCACCUCUCUCAGUUUUAGUUCCAAAGAGAUUUGGGCCCGUGUGGCUGAGAGGCUCUCAGAGACCUUACUCCAGGCUACAGCUAUUCAGAGCUUAAAUCUAUCCAGCCAUGUUGUUAGUGACACAGCAGCUCAGAGUAUGGCCAGAAUAAUGCCACGUCUACAAUCACUCAAUCUAUCUCACUGCGUGUGCUCGGAGGCUGGAGGGCUGCAGCUCAUCAAAGCACUGGGAGAAUGUGUUGGCCUGGAACGCCUUUGUCUGGACUCCUGGCAGCUGAGCAAAGAGAGCGGGGUGUGUCUGGCACAAGCUCUAAGGAAUGUCAACUCUAUACGCAUUCUCAAGCUUAAUAAGAUUGACACUGCAGACAGUGGGCUGGAUCUCCUCGCUGCUAUGGAGGGACUCACACAAAUUGAGGAGAUUGGGUUGGAUGGCUGGAUGAUGGCUGAUAAAGGACUAGAGCAGCUGACCAGACUUCUUCCUCUCUGGGGGGGGCUGAGGAGGUUCAGUCUAUCAAAGAGCCUUAUCAGCGACCAAUCAGGAGACAAGCUGCUGGAUGCUUUGAAAUGCUGUAGUCACCUGGAAGAGCUUCAUCUGUGUAGUAACAGUCUGGGUGACCUCACUGCUGCUAGGAUGGCCCUCGUUCUUCCCUCAUUGACCCACAUCACUGUAUUGGAUAUUUCAGAAAACAACAUCAGAUACGAAGGGUCAGUGAGUCUGUCCAAAGCAAUAAUGUGCCUGAAGAACCUCACCAAGAUGCAUCUGACCUCUGUUGGGACUCCAGAGCUGUGUGCUGUAGCUUCCAGUCUGGCUCACUGUCCCCUCAUACAGCAUGUUGGUUUGGGAUGGAAUAACUGCGGGGAUAACGUGGCAGAGGAGCUGGCCAGAGUCAUGCCGCUCUGUCAUAGGCUGAGUGUUAUAGAUCUGGAGUCAAACAGUGUGAGUGUUACUGGAGCAGAAGCCCUGUUUGAAGCCUUACAGUCGUGUCCUGCUCUGCAGCUCAUCAGGCUGUGGAGGAACAAGAUCACUCCCAGUGAAGCACAGAGUCUUAGUCUUCAGGACAGGAGGCUGAACUUCUCAUCCACGUGAUCUGUAUUACGUCCUCUUAAUAACAAUGUGCAGGUGAAUCACUUCCACCACUCGUUCAUGCUCCAGCCUCUAAGUGAGUUAGAAUAAGUUGUCCUUCAGUAUAACCAUAAAACAUUAUUAUGAAUGAUCUUAGAGAAAAAGCCUGAAUGGUGUUCAUGAUAACUACUGCAGAUGAUGUUACUCAAGAGUAAACGACUAUUGUGAGGUCUGCAAUAGAACAAAGGUCAUUUGGUUUGACUGUUUAUAUGUACAAAGUUGCCUGUUAACAUGCCUGUUGAAAUGCAUAAUUUUAAGAGCUGUUUAAUGGGACUAUCUCACUCAGGUGAAAAGUGGAAUGUCUUUAAUGUAUUUAUUUUGAAAAUGUCUUUUUGAGCUGUUCAAACUUUGCACUAAUUGGCCUCUAGUUUCACUGCUGUAAUCUGGCAGAUCAGCUGACAGUGUGACCCACUUCUAUGACUCUGAUGUUGUUAUAAUGUGUAGGUAUUUAGUACAUGAAACGUGCAAAUGUUGAGCGUAAAAAGUGUUGACAGAAAGCUGGCAGACACCACCCCUCUCCGUUUUCUGCAUCCAGAUAGGAGCCAGAAUCUUAUAUCAUAUGCUCACUGUUAAGUCCCUACAACAUCAUGUGUUACCUUAUGAUUUCAUACAUUUAUACUAAAUUGACUUCGUACAGUAAGUUUAUUGUGACUGAGUGAUACUAUAAGUUAUUUGGAGACUACAAAUGAUCAAAACAAGCCCGAAGAUUGAUCUGCACCUGAUUUAAACACUCAAAUGAAAUGAUGAAAACUCAGAUCAGAGUGAAGUGAGCGAGCUGAAACAAAGCAGAUAGAAGUAAUAAAAUAAAGAACUACAAAUUCAUUCAACCUUUGUUUAUACUCCAGAGAGCAUUGUGGAGGUAGCCUCAUUUACGAUGAUAGAGAGUCAUUCCAGGAUUAAUUAAAAGGCAGACAACAUAUCAUUAAGAGAACUAGAAGACAGAUGAAUACUAGACUACUAACAUCAACAAGCUGUGGUUUUCUAAUAUAAGAAUAGAGGACAAUUAAAAGGAAAUACUAGACGGUAAGAAAAUGUCUAAAAUUUACUGAGAUGAGUUCUAAAGAGAGCUCGAAAAAAUAAUACAAUAAAUACAACACUUUUUUAAAACAGUUACAAACGGAGGUUUAAUAUUAGGUUUCAAAAUUGCCCAAAAGGUCAAAAGGUUCAUUUCCCUCAAGGAGAUGUUGAUCGAGGAGAUAAUGCUCCAGAACUUAAUUUUAUAUUCAUGAUUUAUGAAUAUUAUACUAGUGUAUGGGGUUUCACAGCUGCUUUUGGUGAAACAAACACAAAAGGAUAAUCGACUGGUAUGCAUAUGGAAGUGUUUCAUGUUGAAUUAGCCAGACUACAUAUCUGAGCCUGUAUGAGACUCUUUUUAUGUUUUAGAUGAUAAAAUGUGUGCAUUUUGGGAGCUGCAUGUAAAUAUGAUGCAUCUCUCUGAAGACAGGUGGAUUUCAGUGGUCAAGUGGAACAUUGAGAGUUAGCAGAUAGCAAGAAUAACCCACAUAGCUCAUUCUGCCUCAUAGACCCACCUCUAUAGUCUCUCUUCACGCUGUCACUGUUACUCCUGCCAACACGCACCGCAGUGGACCUAGAGGCCAAUGUAUCAAGAAUUCCCAGAUAGAGUGACAUUCUAUGCGGACUCUACUUCGUGGAGUCACUUUGCACUGUUUAGUGUUUACAAUAAUGAGAGACCACAAGAGUGAAAACACAACAAACCACACACACACAGCAAAGGAGACAAGGGGGACUCCCCUCCCAGGUUGUGGUCUCUUAUUAGGUUUGCAUAUUUAUCUCCGCUGUUCUCAUGGAAGAAGUCAUCAAAUUAUUAUUUUUAUGUUAUGGAUUUUAGCUGUGUUUCUAAGUUUCCUGAAUUUAAUUAUGGUUUUGUUUUUUUAAGACAGAUCUUGUACACUAAUCUCUGCAAGGACUUUGUAUCGUAAGCAGAGAUGUUUUGUAGUUGUGUUUUUGUGGCUAAUUUAUUUUUCAGUUUUGACUUUGAGUUUUGUUUUGUACUUUAAAUGUUCUUUUCUAUCUUCACAUUCAUUCAUUCAUUCAUUCUGACUUGCACUGAUAUGUUGAUUAAACAUAAGACCCCCUUCA